AUGCAUAGUUGUAAUACGAUAAACAAUACGUAUACUAACAGCUCCAAACAACAAGUGUUCUUUUAUGAAAUUGCAAAACGUAAACGUAUAGCAUUGAUUGCACAUGACAAUAAAAAACCUGAGAUAUUAACAUGGGCUAAAAAUCAUCGAAAACAGCUAAUAAAACAUGAUUUAUAUGCUACAUCUGGCACUGGUACAUUACUAUCAACCGAAUUGGAUCUAAAAAUUACUAAAUUUAACGGUGGUCCAUUCGGUGGAGAUCUACAAGUAGGUGCAAAAAUAGCAGACCAUUUGAUGGAUAUGGUAAUAUUUAUAAUCGAUCCAUUCACCCCACAACCACAUGAUGUUGAUAUUAAAGCAUUGCAACGUAUAACAAUGGCGUGGAACAUCCCAGCAGCCUUUGAUGUAGCGACAGCUGAUUUCAUUUUUUCAUCACCAUAUAUGGAACGUAAAUAUACAAGAAAAGUUAUCUUACCUAUUUUGUAG